CAUUGUGCGGAGGUGAAGCGGAUGUUUAUAUUCCGCGUGAACAGUGAAGAAUGUGCGAGCAAUGACAGCUGAAGUGAGAGAUGGAUCGAGAACGCAGAACACAUUCAGCACAACACUCCAACACACCAUUGCAUCGUCUGUCAUGCAUGUAUCUUGGCCUAUAGCCUGUGCUGUGUAAAGCCUAUCACGCUACAGCGCAGGGAAGGGACGAGGGCUGUGCUUCCUGACUCAAACCCAGACCUGCUGCUCCAUGUUUCCUAUGCUAACCCUUCUGAGCAUGUUUUACUAUAUCUGUCUGCGGCGGCGCUCCAGGAGCGGGACGCGGAGCGAAGCGUUGGGUAGCCGGCGGGCGGUGGAGCUGGGUCAGCGUUCGGCGCUGCCCGUCACCGUGGAGGUCGAGCAGUACGGCAAGGAGGUCCUGGACUUCAGCUCUCAUUACGGUAGCGAGAACAGCAUGUCCUAUACCAUGUGGAACCUGGCGGGAGUGCCUAACGUCUACCCCAGCUCAGGAGACUUCACCCAGACGGCCGUGUUCCGCACUUACGGAGACUGGUGGACGCAGUGCGUUAGCUCCGCUCUCCCGUUCCGGCGUACGCCGCCCAAUUUUCAUGGCCAAGACUACCUGGAACUGGCCUUCGAGGAGCCUGUCUAUCCCACAGCUGUGGAGGUGCUGGAGACCUACCACCCCGGGGCCAUCGUCAAGAUCCUAGCGUGCUCACUUAACCCUUUCUCCCAGAACCCACCGGCUGACGUCAGGUGGGAGGUUCUGUGGGCCGGCAGUCCCAACAAAGCUGUGACCCCUCAAGCUCGCCAGUUCUCCCCUAGCAUCAGACAGAUCAGUUUUGCCACCAACCUGCUGCGUCUGGAGGUGAACUGCUCUCUGUUGGAGUACUACACAGAGCUGGACGCGGUGAUACUGCGAGGCGUUCGAGAGAGACCCAUUCUGGCCCUCUAUAAGAUCCCUGUCAUCGACAUCAAUGAUCUGAGUGACAGCGAAGAAGAGAUCAGUGAUGCAGGAGGCCUCUGCUGCAGGUCGGGUGGAGAAAACAGGCAAAACCUGGGAAACGGCUUCUUUGAUAGGCUCCCUUAUGAGUUAAUCCAGCUGAUCGUGAGUCACCUGCCGGUUCCGGACCUGUGCCGAUUGGCUCAGAGCUGCAAGCUCUUUCACAAGCACUGCUGUGACCCGCUGCAGUACAUCCAGCUCAGCCUGCAGCCGUACUGGGCCCGGCUCACUGAUGCCUCUCUGCACCACCUGCAGAGCCGCUGCACCCUCCUGCAGAGACUAAACAUGUCCUGGACGGGCAACCGCGGAGCCGUGACGGCCACUGGCUUCUGCAGCUUUAUGAAGGCCUGUGGGGUGAGUCUGGUGUGUUUGGAGCUGUCGUGCUGUCAUUUCCUGACUGAAGCGUGUUUAGAGGUGAUCGCCCAGACGUGUCCGUGCCUCCAGGAGCUCAAUUUGGCUUCCUGUGACCGUCUGCAACCUCAGGCUUUCAAUCACAUCACCAAACUCGCUAAUCUACGCAGGCUGGUGCUGUACCGCACUAAAGUUGAGCAAUCAGCCUUGUUGAGCAUCCUCACAUUUUGCCCAGAGCUCAGGCACCUUAACCUGGGAAGCUGUGUCAUGAUUGAGGACUAUGAUGUGGUGGCGAGCAUGCUGAGCGCACGCUGCCGUUCUCUACGCUCCCUCGACCUGUGGCGCUGCAGGAACCUGAGCGAGCGUGGACUGGCAGAGCUGGUUUCGGGCUGCAGGCUCCUGGAGGAGCUGGACCUGGGUUGGUGCUCCACGAUUCAGAGCAGCACCGGCUGCUUCCAGCACUUGGCCCGCAGCUUGCCCCGCCUACGCAAGCUCUUCCUCACCGCCAACCGCACCGUGUGUGACACUGACCUGGAGGAGCUGGCCGCUAACUGCAGCGCUCUGGAGCACCUUGAUAUUCUGGGCACACGAAUGGUGAGCUCUGCAUCUCUGCGGAAAUUACUGCAGUGUUGUCCUCGGCUAAAGCUGUUGGACGUGUCCUUCUGCUCGCAGAUCGACUCUCGCUUCUCCCAGGAGCUCAGUGGCCUUUUCCCGAAUGUGUCCAUCAAGAAGAGUUUCACUCAGUAAAACUCAAUGGGCCCUCCUGAGCAGAAGCAGCUUCAUGGGACGGACUUUAAGACCCUUGGGAGAAGGGUGGUGCAUUCUGGUGCUGUGGACUUGCUGCCUUGAACUGCACAGAGCUGUGAACUGCCGCUUGGAAGAUGUUAUGGAUGUUUCACACUCUCUCACCUUGAAUGGUCUCACUAUGUAUUGAAUCUCACACAUUUCAGCAGACCUCAGUUUUUGAUCUUAAUCUCAGGGUUUUAUUUUUGUCUUCAGAGAGAGACGUUUGUAGUA